AAAAAAAGAUAACAAUUGCAUGUCUGUGUUCCCGAGGAGCCGUGGGUGUUUUUAGGCAGCUGCCUGCAGAGGCCAUCGCCGUUUCGUGAGGCGGCAUUAAUGCAGCGGGAGGAGACUUGUUCUGCUGUUCACAGAAAUUCGGAUUUUAAGCUGACCAUCUUUGACUUCAGGGAGGUUGGUCUCAGGCUCAGGAAGAAGCCGGACAGCCCUCAGGAGACAAAGCUGCCCAAGACUGUCCGGCCCCCAGGCACGAGUGAGAACUCCAGUUCCAAGUUCUCAUCCCCUGACCGGAACAAGACCUUGCUUGAGCCUGUCCCAUCCGAGCUGGUGUUUCAGAACUAUGUCCUUGGCAAGGUCUGUGAAACGGCCCUGCUUCUGAGGAAUAGAGACAAGGUUACUCAGCUGGUGAAGGUCACCAUGGACAGCUCACCUUAUUUCAAGUUGGUCGGCCCCAAUGGUGUGUGCCAUCAGAUCCCACCGGGCUCAUUUUGCACUAUAAACAUCCUUUUCACCCCUGAGGGGAGCAAGUUACUUUUCCUGCAGGAUCAUUUCCACCAGCUUGUCUGCAGCAGUGAAAGGGAAAAGGUCUCUGUGCCAAUCCAAGCCAUUGGUGCCCGCCCAGUCUUGGACUUCCCUGACCAGCUGGACUUCUCGUCGUGUCCAGUCAACCACAGCACCCAGAAGACUCUGCUGGUUCACAACACCGGGAACCUGGAAGCCUGUUACAGCCUCAGCACUGAGAGCCCUUUCACUGUCAGCCCAGCCACGGGAACCCUCGAUGUUGGUGAAGCCAAGCAAGUGACAGUGGAAUAUCACCCGCUGCAGACCGGGCACCAUUCCACAUCCCUGGCAGUGCACUGUGACAGAGUCCUCUACCAGCACUCCCCACUGUCCCAGCCACCUGAAUUCCCCUCCAGCAGCACCGCCCCGUCCCAGCUUCACCGCAACGAAAAGUGCAGACUAGUUAGUGUUUAG